AUGGCCGACCUCGAUCACCGUCCCCGUGAGGGGAAUGGCUCCCCCGUCACGAAACGCAAACGAGCCCGCAAGGUCGCCGUGGACAAGAAGUUUGAGUGUCAACACGAGGGCUGUGGCAAGAGCUACUCGCGCGCAGAGCAUCUGUACCGGCACCAGCUGAAUCACACCCCCAAGCAGAUCUACCGAUGCGAUUUUCCAGACUGUUAUCGGUCCUUUGUGCGACAGGACCUGUGCGCGCGCCAUCGCGAACGCCAUACCACCCGCGGCUCGCAGCUGCAGAAACGGGACUUCUUCUCCCAGACGGCGGUCCGGCGUCCGGAUGGCGAGCUCUCGACGGCUGGCGACCGAUCGUUGGCGGACCAGGGGCCACCCGCCAUCUCCCCCGAGGCCGCCGGUGCGGCCGAGAGGCACGAUGGCUACAGGUACCAGAGCCUCAUCGACUCGCCCGGAUCACAACCCCGGUCGAUCCGUCACGACCGUACCGGCAGCCAGAGCCAGACGGUGCAUUCGCCCUCCCACUCGACCACCUCGUUCGGCGGCCCCCAUACCUUUGCUGGCACAUAUCCCCACCCUCCUCCGCCGUCGUCUGCGUCUCGGUCAGCCAGCUUCUCGACCGCGGUGAGAACAGGACCGCAGCAGCCGCAUCCGCCUGUCGCGCGAGCUCGCACUGCCAGUGUGGCAUACUCUCUCCCGGUUGAUAUGGACCCGUCAGCGCUGAUCGAUGCAUCCUCGUACGUCAGUCAACAGCCGCCAGCAGCCGUCCCUGCCACCUCCGACCUGUCCAUGGGUCUGCCCCCCAUCACUGAUUACUCGGACUUGACUCUAGCGGGCGAUUCUACCUUUGAUCCCUUGGCGGCGGCUGCCUAUCCAAUUUUUGGUGGCGAGACCUUCAAUCGCUCGCCAUUUGCCAUGACGGAUGACUUUGCGGCCUGGCUGUUCAGUGAUCCAUUACCCUCCACCGUUUCGUCGUCGAUAGGAUACGUUUCGACAGCGGGCGUCGUGCCUAGCUACCAAGAUCAGGUGCUGCCCCAAGAGCAACAGCAACAACAACAGCAGCAGCAGCAGCAGCAGCAGUUCUGCUUCGAUGAACCGAUCUACGCCAAUUUCUUCUCCAGCGUGCUCACGCCGCAACACCAUCCGAUGAGUGUGACUAGCCUCGUCGACCCCGGAUUGCCGCACGCGCUCAUAUCCGAGGAGAAGCGACAGGAGCUGUUACUUCUCAUGUCGACCCGGUUCAACGAGGCGGCCUAUUCGGCCACCGUGACCAAGCGCAAGGAUGCCCUGAUGGAGGGACAGAUAGACGACGAUCACCAUGUGCUGAGUCUGCGCAUGAUGCAGAACUACAUUGCCUCCUUCUGGCACCAUUUCCACCCGCAACUGCCCAUUCUUCAUAAGCCGACCUUUGUCGCCGACCGAACGCCAAACCUGCUGCUGCUCGCCAUCAUGGCCAUCGGUGCCGCCACGCUGGACCAGGCGCACGGCCAGGCGAUGCUCGAGGCGACCGCCGAGCUGGCCAACUUCAUCGCCUGGCAUCUGCGCUGGGAGAUCUUCAUGGUCCCCGAUUUCCGCCCGCCCGCCAAAUUGUGGGUGUUUCAGGCGCUGCUGCUACUCGAGGUCUACGAGAAGAUGUACUCGACGCGCGCCCUGCACGAACGCGCCCACAUCCACCAUGACACCUCGCUUACCCUGAUGCGCCGCGGUAGCUCGCUCAUCGGCCUCUCCGCCGCCUUUGACUCACCCAUGACGCGGGAGCCCGGUCGCUCGGGCACCGCCUCGUCGACCGCGACAACCGCAACCAACGGGUCGGAUGGCUGGGCGGCUACUCCGGGGGUCGCCGACGACUCCUGGACGCAAUGGAUCACCGGGGAGGCGACGCGCCGCGUGGCGUUUGCCGCCUUUGUCCUCGACUCGACGCACGCGACCAUGUUUGGGCACUCGGCCAAGAUGGUCGCGCACGAGCUCCGACUGCCGCUGCCGUGCGACGAGGCCAUGUGGGCGGCGACCAGCGCGGCCGAAGUGGCGCGCGUGCAGUCGAGCCUGCACGCGCACGGUAUCAAGCCGACGCUCUUCCUCACCGGGCUGAAGCGCACGCUGAACGGGCAGCGGGUGCGCACCAACGCCUUCGGCCGCACCAUCCUGAUGGCCGGCCUGCUCAGCGUCAGCUGGCAUCUAAACCAGCGUGAUCUACAGGUCAGCUCGCUCGGGGUCGCGCAGACCCUCGGCGGCCGCGACAAGUGGCGCUCGGCGCUGCUGCGGGCGUUCGACAACUGGCGCCGGGACUUUGACGAGGCCCUCUCGCAGCAACCUGGAAAGCCUAAACAUGACAGCUCGAAUCCCACCACUACUGCUGCUACUACUACAACUACCCUGUACUACCCGCUGCACGAGGCCAGUCUCUUCGAGUCGCGAGACGUGCUGCACAUCCUGGCGCACAUGGGGUCGCAUGUCGACAUCGCCGAUUGCCAGGUGUUUGCGGGCGCCGGACGACUUAUGGGCCGGUUCAUCACGCCCAGGGACUACACGGCCGCGCGCGAGAAGAUGACGGAGCGCUGGGCGACCAAGGCCUCGGCGCGGGACGCCACCUUUUACGCUCUACGGUUCCUGUCGGAUUGUCUGCUGCCGAGCACUGACAGUAAGAUCAAGAGCAAGAAAGAUCAAGAUGAAGAUCUACUUGGCAUAGAGUACCGGGCACACGAUGAUCAUCUGCUCAACCGGCCGUGGGUGCUGUACUUUGCGGCCCUGGUGGUCUGGAGUUACGGCUAUGCGCUGGACGGCCCCCUGCCGGCGUCAUCAUCAUCAUCAUCAUCAUCAUCAUCAUCGGCGGCGGUGUUGGCGACACCCGCCGAGCAGCGACGCGACAUGCAUCGCUUCCUGCGGCGGAUGGCUCGGGCGCGUGAGCCCGAUGCCCUGGAGAGCAUGUCCGGGCGCAACGAGAGUCUCGGUCUCCUGCUCGUGCUGCGCGACAGUUUCCGGCACACGCGAUGGGAGCUGCUUGACGAGGCGGCGAAGUUGCUGGACAGCUGUAUCCAAAGGCUCCGGGGAGAGACACAUGCCUAG